UGUGAUCUCUGCAGAGGGAGGGGAGGAGUCCCUGCACUUCACAUAGCUUCCGCAGGGGGGCGCCCGUUACCACAGCAGCGCGCUGCCGUUCAGCUGUGACGACGCGUCUGACGAUGGGAUUCUCAAUGAGGAGAAUGAGCUGGCCCCGCCCCCGUCCCCCUCAGCUCUGCUCCCAUUGGUCGAGCGGGAGGUCAGCUGCUGCAGCCUGGAAGCACGUGGAGCUCCGAGCAUUUCGUGGUCAAGAUGGCAGCCUCCGUGUGUCGGUGCUUCGAGUUGGUCGGCAGACGUGCCGUGGCGCUCUGCUCCCGGUCCUUGGUCUCCUCCGUGUGGAGAGAAGAUGUGUACAGGCUACACCGGAGCCCAGCUGCAGUUGUGCAGGUGCGAUAUGCCUCGGGACGUAAAGGUUUUCUGGGGGAGUUUGUGGAAAACCUCCGUCAGGAGUUCGGUAAGAAUCACGAGAUGAAGGAGAACCUAAAGAAGUUCAGGGAAGAGGCCAAGAGGCUCGAAGAGUCUGAUGCUCUCCAACAGGCCCGCAGGAAAUAUAAAUCCAUUGAAGCUGAGACAACGAAAACCUCAGAGGUGUUCAAGAAGAGUUAUGGCUCCAUGUCAGAAACCGUCAAAGAGUUUGUUGAGAAGGUGACUCGCACGGACAUCGGGAAGAAGAUCAAGGAAGGUGUUGAGGAGGCAGCCAGUUCAGCCAUGCACUCUGCGGAGUCCGUCUCCAAAGGCGGAGAAAAGCUGGGCAGGACCAGUGCGUUCAGGGCCAUCUCACAGGGCGUGGAAACCAUGAAGAAGGAAAUCGAUGUGGGCGAUGCAGGCCCGUACAGGGCUCCCUCUCAGCUGAGGAAGAGGAGCGACUUCUCCUCCAAAGGAGAAAACUGCGACACCAGAGAGUUUGAGGCCAAUGAAGAGGCCAUGGGUGUGGUUCUCCACAAGGAUUCAAAGUGGUACCAGCAGUGGAAGGACUUCAAGGACAAUAACGUAGUUUUUAACAGAUACUUUGAGAUGAAGAUGAAAUAUGACGAAAGUGACAACGCCGUCGUCAGAGCAUCCAGAGCUGUAACUGACAGAGUCACUGGUUUCAUAGGUGGUCUUUUCUCUAAGACAGAAAUGUCGGAGGUGCUGACAGAGAUCGUGAAGGCAGACCCCAACUUUGACAAAGACUCUUUCCUCAAACAGUGUGAGAAAGACAUCAUCCCCAACAUACUGGAGGCUAUGAUCCGAGGAGAGCUGGAUGUGUUGAAGGACUGGUGCUACGAAGCUACGUACAGUCAGCUGGCCCACCCCAUCCAACAGGCCCGAGCGCUCGGCCUGCUCUUCCAGUCCAAAAUACUUGACAUUGAUAACAUAGAUUUGGCGAUGGGAAAGAUGAUGGACCAGGGCCCAGUGUUGAUCAUCACCUUCCAGGCUCAGGUCGUCAUGGUGAUCCGCAGCCCCAAAGGAGACCUCGUGGAGGGAGAUCCGGAGAAGGUGUUGAGGAUGAUGUACGUUUGGGCCUUGUGUCGUGACCAAGAGGAGCUGAACCCCAACGCAGCCUGGAGACUCCUGGACAUCUCUGCUUCCAGCACUGAGCAAGUCCUCUAGGAGGAGGGGGAGGAGGAGCGCGGGUGAAAAGGUCCGUCUGGGAGCUGAGACGAACUGCGAACAAGGGCAGAUGAUACAAGGAUGUGCCUGGAAUACCUGCACACACUGUCUCGUAUAUUUAUUCAUUAACAUCUGAGGGGCAAAGAAAAAAGCAGCUGUGUUACGCCAGAGACAGUAUUUGCACACAGUAUAUAUAUAUAUAGUCAUCUACUUUAAGGUACGGAAAUGUACAUGGACAAGGAGAUUAACUACCUGUAUAAAAUGCUUAAUGUGAAUUGAAAACUGUGCGUUCACUGACGUGUUUUUGGAGUCUCGUGCUCUGGUUUGCUCAGCUGGAUUUAAAACAUCUUCUUUCAUUUUUAUUUGGCUGGAACCAACUUUUCCCUCAUGCCCUGCCGUCUCUGCCAUUUCCCCCCCAUUGUAUUAUUGAGUGGUACAGUCCAUCCAUACCAGCCUGGUGGCUGGAUCCAAGAAGCUCAUAGGAGAAAAAAUGGACAUGGUGCCUGUGACCUCACAGAUUGUUCUUGAGAUCAAUUUAUGAGGCCUCACACUUGGUGUGAUGCUCAUCACUGUCUUUGUCAAGUCCGGUUACAGUCUGUUAUGUCUAACCAACAUUGCUGAGUGGGACAUCGUGAGAGACCCCGUUACAUCAGGUCCCAUGUUCCGAGCUUUCUAAAAUCUGAUAAAAUAACCAAUAUUUUGUCUAGAGAGAAUAUUGAGAAUCUCAGAUUGAGAUUUUUCAGGAGGUCUGUGUUACGGACUGGGGAUGUGGAGCUUGAAGAUAUGAGCCCUUCGGAGGCAGGAAGAGCUGCGUUAUGAGCAUCCUGAGUCUGACCCCAUACUAUGGAUUACGAAUCAGGAUAUCAAAGCCUCUGAUGCUUUAAUUUCAACAUUUUAAUGCUAAAUCACCAGAGUACCACUUAAUCAAACAGUUCCUGGUUCCGUGUUUCUAAUCACCAUAGAAACACCAUAGCUACUGAGACCCCGUUAGAGAGAAACUGAUUUCUUUCAAGUUCUUUCUUUUUCUUAGCCAAAUUAAAAUAAUUUAUCUUACAUUAUAGCAAUGGUUUUAAAAUGCAGCUGUGGUGGUUCCUGCUUGGUUCCUGCUGGUGUUCACAUUUAAAUACAGAUAAUGAGAUGAUAAUCUUCCAUCCACCCAGUGCACUACAAUCUGAGGACCACAAGUAACCGCAGAAAACUCAUCCUCGUGUUUUUAUUUGCUGCGCCUUUUGAAGCACAGUUUGUGUUUUCGCAAUUUCAUUGCAUGUGGCUCUGAGUCUGUGCAGCCUCAGUUAGAAAAAAUGUAUUGUAUCUACACAUUGAUGAGCUAUUACCUUCUUGUAAAUAUAUCUAAUGUUGAGAGCUGCCUCUGUGUGUAAGCUCGGGCGGGACCAUAUUCAACUGUUGUCACCAUGGCAGCUUUAUUGUUUGAAGAAUCGUUUGCCAUCUCAUGUUGCACAUUUCAGCUGUUUGUCUUAUUGAACUGUUUGUGUUGCUGUCGCGUUAUGUGACUUUUCAAGGGAAUGAGUGAGAACAUGGCUGCUCAGUUGUGUUGACUGUUUUUGACUUGCUGUGUGACCGUGUGGGUCUCCGCUCGCAUGUCACUGUAGAUUGAACACAUUCUGAUGAAUUACUGUUUGUCUUUGCUUGACUAUUUUAAUAAAAUAGAAAGACGUCCAUACUUGUGAAGAGAAGUUGAGCUCCUGAUGAAUGAUGGGGCUCACGGUUUGUUUUGUUUUUAAAAAUAUGACAUGCCAUUAAUUGUCAAUUCAUAUCCCACCAUUCUCUUUGUCGACAGGUCUGUUAGUACAGAUAUGGUAUAGAUUUGGUCAGUAAAAAAUUAGUAUUAAUGUUUUUGUUUAGGUUCCCUGAUUUUUCAUUCGGCAAAUCCGUUGGGUCCAGUUUUCAAGAAAUCUCACAGUGGAAGAUUGUGACCGUUACAGCCUUGUUGUUAUAAUUAAGGUAAGGCACAAAUAUGCUCCUGCUAAUGAACAGUGUAAGGAUUUGUUUUACUAGAUUGUAUUUAUGGAUUAAUGUAUAUGAUUAUUUUUCAUCUUCACUUGAUUGGAAUGAAAAAAGAUCUAACAAUUCAGCAGAUUAUAGUAUAUUUGUGUUCAAUAAGUGACAAGAAACCCAGCUUCUAAAAUUUUGUCUUAAAUGUGUUUUGUCAAUUUGAUAAUAUCAAUAAUGGUCUAAUAAUUCAAAUGCAUUUUCAAGUUUUUCUCUUUGAUUUACACAAAUCAACUGUACAUUAGUGGAAUUCCUUUUUGAGUUCACAAAGUAAAAGAGUUUUCUAUUCAUGUAUCAGUAGAAUAAAGAACGCUGUAUUACGA